AAUAAUUUUGCCAUUUCCCUUCAGGAUUUUUGGGAUUUUCCCUUCAGGGUUUUUCUAUGGCACACAUUUUGUGACCUUCUGCAUAUUUAAAAAGUGGUGAAGGGAAUUUUUUUAGUUGACCUUCGCUAUUUGAAAAAACAGUGAAGGGAAAUUUUUGAUUAGCGUACCAGAGGUCUCUAUCUGUGUGACACGUUGUUGACGAAGUGUUGUUCGGUGAGUCAUCAAAUUUUUACACCUACUGUUUUUUGUCUUUGUUAAUUUCAUUUCGAAAAUCUACACCUCUCUGGGGAGGAGUCGAAAAAGUUUUUUGUUUGCAUCAGCAAUAAUUGAAGCUAGGAAUCAAAUAUGGCUACCUAUUUGCUGUGUGUUAGGAGCGAAAGCGAAAGUUCAGACAACAGCCUUGACAGCUUUUUGGAUAUGGAAAAUCUGGUCAAAAGAAUCGUGAGGGACGAAAUGCAGAAUAAAGAUGACCCUCCAAAUAAAAUAAAAAACAAACAAACAGAGACUCGACUUGGCAGCCUGUUGAAACGUAUUCGUACCUCAAACUCUGCUGAUGAUGUUAAAAAGGAAGGUAAGGAGAAGCAUGUUAAUGUCAAGUGGAAACGUGCAGAUUUGUUAAAAGGUACACACACAACUGUAACGCAAAAACACGGUGGUGGCCACCGCUUUGUUGUUGUUAAUGAUUUCGAUACUGUUGAAUCAAUCAAGGAAAAAGCCAUCAACCAUUAUUUUCCUGAAGGAACAAACUUCUUUGGUGAAAGUCGAAAUGAUUGUGAAAUUACCAUUAGAGAUGCAUCUGGUGUUGCGAUUGACGAAUCACUAACCCUCAAGGACUGCUUGAAAAAUCGAGGUGUCUAUAUAAGUAAAUUUUACUUUGUUUUACACACAAAAUAUGGUUAUUUUGAUUCAACCGUAUUCGAAACAGAUGUGUGUUCUGUAUGUUUUUGUCAAAUGGUUGGUGGGAUAUGUAGAAUCUGUUAUCCUUCUGUAUAUCAGACAAUAAGAAACAUUGAUCCAUUAGCAGCAUCAACCUCAAUUCCCUCAUCCAAUGACAUAGUAUUUUCAUCGUCUGUAGAACAAAGUUCAAUAAUUGAAGCUGAUCAUGAACCUUCAUCUGACCACCAAGGUUAUUUUGGUAGUUCAAAUGAUCUCUUUCAAAAUUCUGAUCACCAACAAGAUGAUCUUUUGAAUACAGAUUCUGGCACUUCGCAGCAUGAACCAACCGCACCUACACCAACUAACGAAGCACCAGUUACAGAAGUGCCAGCCGUACAUGCAUCAACAUCAACCACAGAAGCACCAGCCGCACAUGCAUCAACCACAGAAACACCAGUCGUACAUGCAUCGACUACAGAAGCACCAGUUGUACAUGCAUCAACCACAGAAACACCAGUCGUACAUGCAUCAACCACAGAAACACAAGCCGUACAUGCACCAACCAUUGACCUCACAGAGAGUGACAUAGAAAAGGAAGUUAUUGUUCACCGUACAAAUAUUCGAGCUGAUAUGGUGGAAGCAUUCAAAACAAUAACAGUACCUCAAAAAAUCAAGUUUGUUGUUAUAGAUGCACGAGGAGAAAAAGAAACUGGUAUUGGCAUAGGGGUUGAUCGUGAUAUAUAUUCUUCUGUUUGGCAGGACAUAUUAGAUGGAUUGUGUGUAGGACAUACAGAGCGUGUUCCAUUUGUACGACAUGAUUUUUAUUUAGAUGAAUGGAGUUCUAUUGCUACGAUAUUGGUGAAAGGGUAUUAUGACACAAAGUAUUUUCCUAUGCAACUAUGCAAGGCUUUUAUUAUGUAUUGUUUGUUUGGUAAUGUUCAAAAUGACAAUCUAAUUCAAUCUUUUUUGAAUUAUUUGACUCCAAUGGAGUCGAAGAUUGUUGAUGAUGCCCUCCAUGAAAAAAACAAUGGUUUAUUUGAAGAUGAAGAAUUCCUGGAUAUUUUGGAUCGAUUUAAUUGUAAAAGCCGUGUUACCAUAAUGAAUGUGUAUGGUGUGAUAUUAGAGAUCGCACGUCAAGAAUUGAUACAACGACCAUAUCUUAUGGUUUGCUCUUGGACAAAGUCAAUGAAUGUUUUAAGAGAUUUUCAGGAAUUUAGCACUUUCAAUGACAUCAAUUUGUUUUACAAAAAAAUACUUCCAACUAAUCGUAAAGUUGUUAAAAUACUCAACGCUGAACCAAAAAAUGCAGCUGAGAGGGAAUGUUUUGAUUACCUGAAGCAGUUUAUCCGUGGGUUGGAUGAAAUCGGACUUAAAACGUUCCUAAGAUUUUGUACAGGUUCAGAUGUAUUGUUGGUAGAAAAAUUCACCAAAUUAAACAAGCACAGUGCAGUUUGAUUAGAAUUAUUUUCCCCUAUAGGUUACCCACCCUGGCAAGAGUUCAUGUGAGAUCGGCCCGGCCCCCCGAAUAUCCUACUUCCAAGCAUGGUAUUUAACCGUAUAUCAUAAAACACCACCAUAGGGAGGGUGUGGUGGGCACAUGAACUCUUGCCAGGGUGGGGAACCUAUAGGGGAAAAUAAUUCUAAUCAAACUGCACUGUGCUUGUUUAAUUUGGUGAAUUAUUUUCCCCACUCGGUUCCGGCACCCUGGCAAGAAUCCAUAUGAGACUUCAAAGCUAGGUUAAAUACCAGUAAAGGGUAUAUUAAAACAACAAUAUACAAGACUCACUAAAUGGUGAAAUCAUAACACAAAAUAUAUGUACAUCACAAAAAAUUAAACCACCACUCUAUAUCAUACACAUAAAUAAAGUUUAAUCAAAUGUUGGAUUUCAUCAAAAUAUGCUGUCCAAAAUUGGUCGUAACAGGCUUAUUGUAAAACCUUGCAAAAGUGCUACCAUUGGACCAACCCGCCGCUUUUCCAAUAUCUAAAAGAGACAAACCAGUUUGUUUUGAUUUUGAUGUAGAAGCAGCACGAGUUGAGUGUGCCUUAAAAACAUUUGUGUCCAGCCCUGCAGCUUGCAACAUUUUACAGGUCCACCUAGCAAUAGUUGCAGAUGUUACAGCUUUGUGGGGUUAAACAUAACUUAUGAAAAGCCUUUUCUCAUUGUUGCGUAGACUAUUAGUUCUAGCAAAGUAUUCUGUAAGGUUUUGCACAACACAGACUUUCCUGUUAGUGGGAUAUGCAAGAAAUUCCAAUGGUUUCUGGUGAUUUUUCGGUCUACUUUGUUUAAGUAAACUGUGAAUAAAGAAGACACAUUUUUCAUUUUCCUGAUGCAAACUAUCUAAAGAUAAAACACUGAGUGUCUGUGAUCGUUGACCACUAAGAACACACAUCAAGACAGCUAAACGUUGCGUUAAUAAUUGUAAAGAUAACUCUUCUGGUGGUGGCAAAGAGUCAAGGUACCUCAACACGACAUCCACAUCAAAAGUGAUUGUAUAUCGAGGAAAAGUUGGUCGUUCCUUGAAAAUGCCACGCAAUAAACGUUUGAUUAUAGGUUGGUUGCCAAACGUUAUCCCAUGGUCAGGUUUGAGUAUAGAUGAUAGAGCAGAUCUGGCUGUAUUCAAAGCAGAGUAUUCUAACUUGGUGGAGUAAAAUAACUCAGCUAAAAAUUCUGCACCUGCAACUGUAGGAGCUGAGGUUGGAUCAAGGUUUUUGGUGCUGCAAUAUUCAAGCCAUUUCUUGAUAUAAGGUGCAUAUUGCUUCCUUGUUCCGGAAGUCCAUGAUUUAAUAAGCAAAGACUUUACCUUGUCAGAAACAUCAAAUUGCACAAUCAGGUUCGAAUCAACACUGCAAGAAGCUCCAGGCUCUUGUGUAGUGGAUGAAGUAACGACGGUUGAUUUGGAAGAAAUAGCUGCUCCCUAGAAGGUAAAAUUACAUAAGGAUUUUUAACAGCAACCUGGAGAAGUAAUGGAUACCAUAAUUGGUUUGGCCAAUUUGGCACAACAAUCAAGCCUUCAAUUUUGUCCUGAAUUGCUUUUUGAACAACUGCACCUACACAGGCGAAAGGCGGAAAGCAAUAGACUUUUUGACCAUGCUAAUUAAUAGUGAAAGCAUUUACAUGUGUAGUACAAGGGUCUGGUCUAUAUGAAACAAAUGUAGCCAGUUGAGUAUUGAUUCUACUCGCAAAUAAAUCAAUAUCAGGGAAAAAUUGAAAGUGUGAAACAAUGUCCAGAAAGAUCUUUUCACUCAAUUUCCAUUCUGUUUUAAUUUCAUGCUUCCUAGAUUCUGCAUCAGCUUCUACAUUAAAAAGCCCUGGAAUGUGUGAGAUAGUAAGCCAGUUGUCAUGUCUAAUGGCCCAAUCCCAAAUAUGCUUGACAGCAAUGUCACAAGGGAUAGAACGACAACUACCCAUGUUGGUUAUGCAAUGUACAGCUGUUGUAUUAUCACACAAUACUUUGAUGUGGGUGUUGAAAACUGAGUCACAUAAUGACCUCAGUCCAAAAAGAAUAGCUUUCAGCUCUAAUACAUUUAUAUGCAACUUCUGAGAAUAAGCCACCAGUUUGUGAGUUAGAACAUACUGCACCCCACCCAAGCUUAGAAGCAUCAGUGGAAAUAGUCAUAGUGGGGUUACCAAAUGAGAUAGGACUGUAUGAUGAGGUAAUAUUGUCACACCACCACUGUAUAUCUGCUAUUGCAUUAGCAGACAAAGUAGUGUAUGAAUCAAAAUUGCCAUAGUUGUUUCUUAAUGAGUCUAUCUUCAGACGUUCUAAAUCUCUAUAAUGAAGUUUUCCAAAUAACACAGCAUGAAAGCUAGAGCUGAAGAUACCAAGAAGUUGGGCAAUUUCCCUUAGACUAACUUUGUGAGUAGCAGACAGAAGUUUUUGACAAUAUUCCUUGGUUCUUUUCUUUUUUGAGUCAGUUAAAUACACUCUCAUAUUGACUGAAUCGAUGAUUGAACCGAGGUAUUCUAAGGUUUGAGUGGGGAGAAAAUGUGAUUUAUCAGGAUGUACAGAAAAUCCCAAUUCUCCUAAUAAAGAUACAAUACUCUUUAUGUUUACAAAGCAGCCGUUGUCAGAUUUGUGCAUGGUAAUAAGGUCAUCAAUAUAACCUGAAACCAAGCACUGGGAUGAUCUUAAGACAGCAAGAGGUGGUUUAAGAAGCUUCGUAAAUUUUCGUGGUCCAGAACACAAACCGUUAGGGAGACAAGUGAACUGGUAUAACACACCAUCAUAAUAAAACUUUAAGAAUUUUUGAUAUUCGUCAUCUAUAUGAACAGAGUAGUAAGCAUCUUUAAUAUCAAUUUUUGCCAUAAAGCAGUUUUUUGUAACUAAUUUCAAAACUGAAGAAAUUGUGUCCAUUUUAAAAUGUAUAUAUGGCAUAUAACUAUUAAGCUUUUUUAAAUUCAAAAUAAGUCUGAAUGAACCACCAGGCUUUGGAGUGAGAAAAAUAGGAGAUAUAAACUCUCCAGCUACAUGAUAACUUUGUUUGAUUACUCCUUUUUUAAGUAACCUGGUGAUCUCUGAUUUGAUAAAUACGUUUUCAUCAGCAGAGAAAGAACAGUUCAUGCUUUCAGCAUUACCAGGUUCAGGUGGUUCCUCAAAUUCUAUUUUUAGACCAGAAACGGUUGACAACACCUCAUGGUCUGAUGUCAAUUCUUUCCAUGCAGGCAAACAUCUAGAAAUAGCACCUGCCUGAGAAUUUUUAACAUUUUUAGCUAACUUAGUUUUAAGGUUUGAUAUAUAUGUACUUACAUUGAGGGCAGCAGUUAUUUCCUGCUUCUGUUGAAGGGCUUCCGAUGACUUUGUUGUGGUUUCUUGCCCUUCUCUAAAAAAUUCUGGUUAUCUUUCCUGAAUGUUGUCGUUGAGCUAGGGAUUUUACUAAACCUUCCAACAUAAGGAUAUGAUUGAUAUUUCCUGCUAUUGUUGUGGCUAUAUGUACUGGAUGAGGACAAGGCAAGCUUUGAGGCUUCCUGGGCUUCUCUCAUACCCUUUUGUAAAUCAUCCCCAAGCAGAAAUUCAUUGCAUGGUCUACUGGGGUUACAUAGAUCCCGGUAUUGAGGGUUCAAAGAGAUGCGAACAUUUUGUUUUCUUUUAUUAUUUAGGUCUGUAUUGACUGACCCGAGUAAUGUUAUUGCAUCAAGACAAUUCAUGACAACAUCCUUCGAAUUCAAGGGCUUUUUCCCUUCAUCAGACUGUAAAACCUUUUCAACCACCUCUAUAAUGGCUGAUGUUGCACUCAACAGUGUUUGCUGUGUGUUGUACAAAUUUCUCUCAUUACGUUUUUGAAAUUCUGAAAAACUUUUGAGAUUAAAAAUGCAUUUGUUCAUCUUUGGCACAGCCAUUUUAGUACAGUUUUUAGGAAGCAAGUGCCUUUUCCCUAUCUUCUUUUUUACCUCUGGAAUAAGACAUUUUUCCAGGAAAUGAGAUGUAACUCUAGUGGCAACAUUUUCUUUGAUUUUUUCACCAAGGUCUAAUGAUUGUGGCAUUUCAUUAUCCACUUGUAAGAGGAUGUCUUCUGCAACAUCCAAAUCACGGUAGCGUUUGCCACCAUGUUUAUUUGGAGUAAAUAAAUCUGACAUAUUAUCUCCAGGGAUAGUGUUCUCAAGGGAAUGCCUUGGUAAGUUAUUUUCAUCAUUGUUGUCAUUAUCAUGCUCAGAAGAAGUAUCUCCUGGUAUAUUAUCCUCGUCAUCAACAAGACGGUAUUUGUCAGCAUGGACAGACAGGGAAUCGUCAGAUGGAGGCAGUGGUCUCCUCUUUUGUCCAUGCAGUAAAGGAGAGAACUCUUUUCUUAUUGCACUGAGUACAUCUGCAAUAAUUGCUUGUCUCAUAUCGUUGUCUGUGCCUUCGACAUUUGUUGUAUUAGGAGAAGUAACUGUAGUAUCAUUUGCAUUUGAAUUUUCAGCCAUGCUUUCAGCUGUAUACAGGGACUAAAAACUGUUAAAACUUUCAAAAUACAAUCACUUGCAAAUAAAUGAUGAUAUCAGAAAUCUACAAAAAAUAAACCACAGUGAACUGUGGUGCAGAAAUCCAAGAUAAAAGUCAAUAUAAAACUUAUCUUAUCUGUUUUUCUUUUUUCGCGUGCUGCUUGUUUAUCGUAGGAUUUCGGAAGAACAAGUCAGAGGAUAUUCGGGGGGCCGGGCCGAUCUCAUAUGGAUUCUUGCCAGGGUGCCGGAACCGAGUGGGGAAAAUAAUUAAGAGUAGAAUUUGUACCGUGUUCAACAGCAGCUAGGCGCCCGAUUGCACACACAUGUGCACCUAUGUUGGAAAUGCCUUCCUCGUAUUCUAAUUUCUGUGAAUUCAGGGCAGAAAUGCAUAACAUCUUAUCUGCAUCUAGUUGGAGCAUGGACAUUAUAUGAAUACAAAACAUAUGGACUUUGAGAUUUUUUGUUAUCAUUAUAUGUGUGAAAUAACUUGAA